AUGCCAAUGUCGCUUCCCAGCCGCCGCUGCCGCACCGGCCUUCGCCGACGGUCAGAACCCCCCACUACAGCAGGCGACGACCUUGAAUCUGUGCCUGGUCCGCCCCCGGACGGAGGCUAUGGCUGGGCGGUCGUCCUGGUGUGCUUCAAUGCGUGGACGGGCAGCUGGGGCAUCCUCCAGGUUGCCCUGUUCGAGACGACACUGCGCGGCUCCCCGGCGAGCACCGUCUCCUUUGUCGGCUCGCUUGGCAUCGCUCUCUCAGUCGGCUUGGGCAUUCUAGUCAUCCGCCUUGCCCGCUCCUGGGGGGCCCGCUGGACCAGCCUGACGGGCAUCGUGCUCUACGGCGUGAGCUGUCUGGCCAGCGCCGAGGCCGUUUCAAACGUCGGCGGCCUCUUUGUCGCGUGCGGCGUCACCUACGGCGUGGGAGCCUGCCUCAUCUACACGAUGAGCAACAGUCUGCCCAUCCAGUGGUUCAGUGUCCGGCUCGGCACCGCCAACGGAGUGGUCAAGCUCGGCGGCGGUGUCGGGGCGACCGUCAUGGCCGUCGUCACAGGCGUGCUGACGGACCGGCUGGGCGUCGCCUGGACCUUUCGCGUCUUUGGCCUCGCCUCCCUAGCCACCGGCGUGCCCCUGCCUUUUCUGAUCCGCGAGCGUGCCCCGGCCAAGGCGAGCUUCGACAUUGACUGGACCCUCUUCAAGGACCCGGGCUUCACCUGCCUCUUUGUGUCCGGCGUCAUUGGCGUCUUCUCCAUCUACGCGCCGCCUUUCUUCCUCCCCGCCGUCGCGACGUCGCUCGAUUUCGGGCCCAACGGCGUCGUAGGCGUCGUGGCCUGCUUCAACGCCUGCAUGGCUCUGGGACGGCUCACAUCUGGCUUCGCCUGCGACUUCUUUGGCGCCAUCAACAUCAUGUUCCUGACCAUGGCCCUCAACGGCAUCACCAUGUUCGCUGUCUGGUCCGUCGCCUCGACUUUACCGCUGCUCUUCCUCUUCGCGGUGCUCAACGGCAUCGCCAACGGCGCCUUCUUCGUCGCCCUGCCCACCGCCGUCGGCAGGCUGGCUGGUGAGCGCCGCGGCGCCGGGGCCGUGAGCAUCACUCUGACCGGCUGGACACCCGGGCUCCUGCUGGGCAAUCCGAUCGCCGGUUUUCUGAUCGAUGCUACGGGGGCGGCGGGGGCCGACUCUAUCGUGCCGUAUCGUCCUGCCAUUUUCUAUGCCGGGUCGACCGCCGUGCUGUCGGCCAUGUUUGUGCUGGCGGCGCGAGUCUGGGCCGACAGGAGUUUGACCAAGAAGGUUUAG